AUGCCUACCAUUAGUUUAAGAGGUGUCCACAUCAACUUCCCCUUUGACCCAUAUGCAUGUCAGGAAGCAUAUAUGGAUAAGGUUCUAGAAAGCCUUCAAACGAGUCAAAAUGCUGUGCUGGAAAGCCCAACUGGAACUGGAAAGACACUGUGUUUAUUGUGUGCCAGUCUUGCCUGGCUCCAAGGACGCAAGGCCCAGACAGAGCUAAACAGACAGAUUCACAUCUCUUCAUUUGUGGAACAGGGUUCUGUGAGGCCAGAGAAUGUCAAUACCCUAGUGAAGAGUUUGGAGGCCUCAACUGGACAGACAUGGGGAGGAGCAGAGUUUGCUGUACCCAAGAUUAUAUAUGCUUCCCGGACUCAUUCUCAGUUAUCUCAGGCAGUGAAUGAACUCAAGAGGACUGCUUACAACAGCAUGAAGGUGAGUGUGAUUGGGUCCAGAGAACAACUGUGCAUCCAUGAGCAGGUUAGGAAGGAGCUCAGUAACACUAAUAAGGUUCAUAUGUGUCGUGCGAAGGUUAGUGCCAGAACCUGUUUCUACUACAACAAAUUUGAUGACAUCAAGAGGAACAGUGAUGCCCGACAUUUGGUGGGGAAUGUGGUUGACAUUGAGGAUAUGGUGGGCUACGGGGAGAAAAACAAAGUUUGCCCUUAUUAUAUGGCUAAAGAACUGAAAAAUGAUUCUGAAAUUAUAUUCAUGCCAUACAAUUACUUACUGGAUGCUAAGUCAAGGAAAGCCCAUGGGGUUGAGUUGCAAGGGAACAUUGUUAUUUUCGAUGAAGCCCAUAACUUGGAGAAAAUUUGUGAGGAUAGCUCCUCCUUUGACCUUACAACAGCUGACCUUGCCACAGCUAUAGAAGAAGUGUGUCGAUUGGCUGACAAGUUUGUAGAGAUGGCUCAGGCUGAAGGCCAGUCUUUGGUAGAAAUGACAGAAUCUAGUGUGCCAGAACCAGAAUUCAACCUUGAAGAUUUACUGAGAAUGAAAUCUACCCUAAAGGAACUGGAGGACAACCUGGACAGUUUGGACAUAGGCACAGGGUCAAAUGGUAUCACUCACCCUGGCAUAUUCAUGUUUGAGUUUCUGGCUAAAGUACACAUCGGUUUUGAGACGAAAAAUUUCUUCAUUGACUUGUUGUUUAAGAUGAUCAACUAUCUUACAAGUGAUACAUCUUCUGGCUUCACCACCAAAGCUACAGGGCUUUCUAAGAUGGCUGAUGUCUUUAAGAUUGUUUUCUCUCGUGAGACUCGUCUUGGAGAAUCAAUGCACUCUCAUCAACAGUCAAUAGCUAAAUACUAUAAGGUUCAUAUACAAGAAACCAAAACUGACAAAAAGUUUGGGAAGAAGGCAGAUUUAUGGAGCAAGACGGCAGACAAACAGGGUCGUACCCUGAGCUACUGGUGCUUCAGCCCUGGUCAUAGUAUGCUGGAUCUGGUUGCUCAUGGAGUGAAGAAUGUAAUCCUGACUAGUGGUACACUAUCGCCGAUCACUUCCUUCACUUCAGAAAUGCAAAUUCCAUUUCCUCUGCGACUGGAGAAUCCUCAUGUGAUAGAGAAACACCAAGUUUGGAUAGGGACCAUGCAAAAAGGGCCAGAUGGGGUGGUACUCAACUCUAAUUAUGAAACAAGAUUUAAGCCUAGUUAUCAGUCAUCACUGGGGAAUGUUAUAGUGAACUUUGCUCGUGUGGUGCCCAAUGGUAUGUUGGUGUUCUUUCCGUCGUAUCCUGUCAUGGAGAAGUGUCUUGAGCACUGGCAGGAAAAUAAUAUCUACAACAGAAUCACCCAAUACAAUAGUAUAAUUUUGGAAGUUAAUUUUGUUCAGAAAUUACAAGAGGUUUUGAAGAUGGCCCUACAGGAGGCAAUGGAAAGUUUUUAUGAGAAAAUCAAUGACCCCAGUCUCAAUGGAGCUAUUUUCAUCGCUGUGUGUAGAGGAAAGGUGAGCGAGGGUCUGGACUUUUCUGAUAUCAAUGGCCGAGCAGUUAUCAUCACUGGCCUGCCUUACCCGCCCCUUAUGGAUCCAAAGGUCAAACUCAAAAUGGAGUUUCUUGAUGAAAUGAAAGGCAAACAGGCAUACGAGACGUUGACUGGAAAUGACUGGUAUAAACAACAGGCAUCUAGAGCUGUCAAUCAGGCUAUUGGGCGUGUAAUACGGCAUCGCGACGACUACGGUGCUAUUAUACUAUGUGAUACAAGGUUUUCCUAUGAGAACUCUUUGAAACAGUUACCUAUAUGGGUACGUCCACAUGUCAACAAAUACAGCACAUUCGGGCAAAGUCUAAAGGACAUUAUGGUGUUCUUCAAAACUGCAGAGAAAACGUUGCCAGCUCCACAACUACAAAAGAAAAAUCAGUCAACAGCAGGUUGUCAUGGAGCACACUUUGCCCCCACAGUGUCAAGAUCAAAGGUCACACCGAAGCUAGAUCAGGCUCGUAAGGUGGUAGAGCAUGUGAAGAGUCUACGAAACACAGCAGAGGAAAAUGCCUUAUUACGAAGUCAGUAUGAACAGACAAGACUGCCAUUAGUCAGAAUCAAGAAACAGGAUCUGCUGGGGGCUCUGUGUGAAAGUGAGAGGAAAGAUUCUGAUAGACUGGAUGAUUCCUUUGACGCG